GCAACUACAACCUGCGCUUGUCCACCGGCAUGAGUCUGGAUGCCUUCAUGUCUUCGUUGCGGAUAAGAAAGCCCUUCCUAGCUGCCUUUGGAUUCUUGGUCGGAGCGAGCGCAUAUCUCGGACUCUCCACACAGAAGUUGCCGCAGUAUGGGCAAAGCGACAAAGGCCUACAUCUUGUGACGUUCUUCCUUUUGACGAUCACCUUCUACUGGAUCUUGGAAACCUCUCGACGACGUUGCAUCAACCUAUCACUUCUCGUUUGCACGGCCGGACUUGGAAUCGGUUCAGAAGUCGUGCAAGGGCUCCUGCCCAAUGGCCGAGACUUCGAUCCUUACGACAUCCUCGCGAACGUGGUCGGUAGCGGUUUGGCUUUGGGAUUGAGCUCGUGGUAUCAUAGGCGGAUGCUUGAGCGGAAACGAAAGAACAAACACUACGACAUUGUGCCUGGAGAGGAACUUGGUGAUGAAGAUCACGCCGCAGAACGAGACGUUGAACUUGGAGUGGUUGGUGAUCAGGAGACGGGCGUGGUACAUGGAGAUAGCCAAGCCGGCGCUGGAGCCGGCAAGACUGUGACUGAAGAGCUCGACAAUUGGGAUGAGAAUGCGGAGGACUGGGAUGA